AUGGCUAGCCAAGAACUAAAACAUGAACAACAUGCUGCGCCGGACCUGGGCGUCGUAGAAGUUGAGCGGAAGCGCAAGCAGCGCGAGCUCAAGCGAAAGUCCCGCGAGCGCAAAAAGCGGAAUAUUUUGGAAUUGCAGACAACCGCCCAGGCACUUGAGCUUGAGUACAAAGAGCUAAUUGCUGCGAAAUUGAAGCGGGAAGAGCAAGGCAAGCAGCAGCAAAGUGAAGGGAUGACGGUGAAAAGUGAUACGAAUGUGGCGGAGAUCGAGCAGUCCCAGAUCGCUGAGCUGCAAAAGAAGUACUCGGCUGUGCGCGACGAGAUGCACGAAUUGAGAGAACAGAUGACGGGCUUUAAGCAAAAGCUGGAAGAAUAUGAGCGUUUCAUUGCGAUGCUGGACGGCCAUCUAAUGGAUUUCCAGGACGUAGAUAAACGGCAGGAGGAGUCAAGUGGCUGA